UCUGAGGCUGGGCGGGCUAUUUUGACCCAUGAUCACUCACAAUCGCAAAUUCGCACUACAAAAGAAAUUGUCCGAGUCACUUUCCCGGCGGAAGAAGAAGUCAGUCUGUCAAGCAAGCAAGCAAGCAAGGAAGCCUUUGCUCUCUCUACAUCUACAGGUUUUUGAAAGGAUUCAUCGAGGUUAAAUAUGGAGAAGGAACCCAAGUCAGCCACUGAGGAUCCAAAAAUCGAUUUGUUCGACGAUGAUGAUGAGUUUGAAGAAUUUGAGAUCAAUGAAGUGACAGAAUGGGAUAGCAAGGUGGAAGGAAAAGAAGCAACACAACAAUGGGAAGACGAGUGGGACGAUGAUGAUGUUAAUGAUGACUUCUCUCUGCAGCUCAAGAAGGAACUUGAAAACAACUCACAGAAGGGCUGAAGUUAAAAUGUUCGUGUUUAUGUGCUGAUUAAGCUGCCAUCUGACUAGGUAGAAGACGAACUUAGGUUUGAUACCAGUGCAUCAGUGCCAUAAAUGUGUAUUUCUUAUGCUUGUUGGUUGAGAUACUGAAUGAUAUUUGAAUAUGAACAUAUAGGCAACUUGAUAUCUUAGCAAAUUUUAAUAUUUCAAUCGCAUGGAUUGUUGUAUUUGCAACAAAUGCAUUAAACAUUUAAAUUAGUUCUGACCUUAAAUUCCUUC